UAAGCAGCGUGCGCUUUGGCCGACAGGGGGCGUGGCUUGUCCACGGGCCGCACGCGGAGAGGAGAGAGCAGCCUGAGCGCGCGCUUUCCUCUCCGCUCCAACCGCACAGCUCAACUACUUCCUCCGGCUCUGUGACUGCUCUCCAGCUCGCGCUGCUUCUGCCAAAGCAGGCUGUUCGCGCAUGGAUUUCGCCCGGAUUUGUGCUGCCUGACAUGGAUGGCCCGCCGCUCGCCGAGUCGGAAGCCUGCUCCUUGGUGCAGUGAGAAGGAAGGACACGCGGCGCUUUUCUCCAAACGGAUGCGGGACGCGAGCGCGCGACUCCUCCGUGACCAUGCCGUGAUCUCUGAGUGCUGGCCUUCACCCCUCCUACACGACUAAAGAGCAGAUUUGCGGGGAGUUUUGCAAUCCGAAGGAAUUAAACGCUGUACAUUGCAGGCAUCAUGAAGAUUACCUCCCUGCUGAUAACUCAUGCGAGGUUCAGGCGAUCCGUCAAGAUCCUGCUGCUGCUUGUGUUAUGUGUGGGAUACUCUCGCGGGAUGCCACAUGUUUUAAGAUUCGGGGGAAUAUUUGAAUCCAUUGAAACUGGGCCAUCUGGUGCUGAGGAACUAGCCUUUAAGUUUGCUUUAAAUACAAUCAACAGAAACAGAACCCUACUGCCAAACACAACACUAACAUAUGACAUCCAAAGGAUAAACAUCCAUGACAGUUUCGAGGCUUCCAGAAAAGCCUGUGAUCAACUCUCUCUGGGAGUGGCAGCCAUUUUCGGCCCCUCUCACAGUUCUUCAGCCAAUGCAGUCCAGUCCAUCUGCAACGCGCUGGGGGUGCCACACAUCCAGACCAAAUGGAAGCACCAAGUGUCAGACAACCGUGAUUCAUUCUACGUCAGCCUCUACCCUGACUUCUCCUCCCUCAGCAGGGCCAUCCUAGACCUGGUGCACUUUUUCAAGUGGAGGAUGGUCACCGUGGUGUAUGAUGACAGCACAGGUCUUAUCCGGUUACAGGAGCUCAUUAAGGCACCCUCUCGUUACAAUAUCCGGUUAAAAAUCCGACAGCUGCCAGCAGAGACAAAAGACACCAAGCCACUUCUUAAGGAGAUGAAGCGAGGGAAAGAGUUCCAUGUGAUCUUUGAUUGUGGCCAUGAGAUGGCUGCCACCAUUCUCAAACAGGCUCUUGCUAUGGGGAUGAUGACAGAGUACUACCACUAUAUUUUUACUACACUGGAUCUCUUUGCACUGGACGUAGAGCCGUAUCGCUACAGUGGGGUGAACAUGUCAGGCUUCCGUAUUUUAAACACAGAGAACAGCCAAGUGUCCUCCAUCAUUGAAAAGUGGUCCAUGGAGCGCCUGCAAGCACCUCCCAAACCCGACUCUGGCUUAUUAGACGGCUUUAUGACGACGGAUGCAGCACUGAUGUACGAUGCAGUGCAUGUGGUGGCCGUCGCGGUGCAGCAGUCUCCUCAGAUCACAGUCAGCUCUCUCCAGUGUAACCGGCACAAACCCUGGCGCUUCGGUAACCGCUUCAUGACGCUCAUCAAAGAGGCCCACUGGGAUGGCUUGACCGGGCGGAUAAAUUUCAACAAAACCAAUGGCUUAAGGACAGAUUUCGAUCUGGAUGUGAUCAGCCUGAAAGAGGAAGGACUGGAGAAGAUUGGAACAUGGGACCCUGUAAGUGGCCUGAACAUGACUGAAAGUCAGAAGGGAAAGAUGGCGAACAUCACAGACUCGCUUACCAACAGGACACUAUAUGUGUCUACAAUACUGGAGGAGCCCUAUGUGAUGUUCAAGAAGUCAGACAAGCCUCUGCAUGGUAACGAUCGUUUCGAGGGAUACUGCAUUGACCUGCUGCGGGAGCUUGCCAGCAUCCUGGGCUUCGUCUAUGAGGUGCGGCUGGUAGAGGACGGCAAGUACGGAGCGCAGGAGGAGAGCACGGGCCAGUGGAAUGGCCUGGUGCGCGAGCUCAUGGACCAUAAAGCUGAUCUUGCAGUGGCUCCUCUAGCCAUCACCUACGUGCGGGAGAAAGUCAUCGAUUUCUCCAAGCCAUUCAUGACAUUGGGGAUAAGUAUUCUGUACCGCAAACCCAACGGCACCAACCCGGGGGUGUUCUCCUUCCUCAACCCUCUCUCCCCCGACAUCUGGAUGUAUAUUCUGCUGGCUUACUUGGGUGUCAGUUGUGUGCUGUUUGUCAUAGCCAGGUUUAGCCCCUACGAAUGGUAUAACCCCCACCCGUGCAACCCCGACUCGGACGUGGUGGAAAACAAUUUCACCCUGCUAAAUAGUUUCUGGUUCGGAGUUGGAGCUCUCAUGCAGCAAGGAUCUGAGCUCAUGCCCAAAGCCCUUUCCACCAGGAUAGUAGGGGGUAUCUGGUGGUUUUUCACCCUCAUCAUCAUCUCCUCCUACACGGCUAACUUGGCCGCUUUCCUCACGGUGGAGAGGAUGGAGUCUCCCAUCGAUUCAGCUGAUGACCUGGCCAAACAGACCAAAAUUGAGUAUGGUGUGGUGGAGGACGGUUCUACAAUGACCUUCUUUAAAAAAACAAAGAUCUCCACAUACGACAAGAUGUGGGAGUUCAUGAGCAGUCGCAGGCAUUCAGUCAUGGUGAAGAGUGUGGAGGAGGGCAUUCAGCGGGUGCUUACCUCCGAUUAUGCCUUCCUCAUGGAGUCCACCACGAUCGAGUACGUCACCCAGCGCAACUGCAAUCUCACGCAGAUAGGUGGCCUCAUCGACUCCAAAUCCUACGGUGUUGGUACUCCUAUGGGCUCUCCAUACAGAGAUAAAAUCACCAUAGCAAUCCUGCAGCUCCAGGAAGAAGGGAAGCUCCACAUGAUGAAGGAGAAAUGGUGGAGAGGGAACGGCUGCCCGGAGGAAGAGAGUAAAGAGGCCAGCGCCCUGGGUGUGCAGAACAUUGGAGGAAUCUUCAUUGUUCUGGCCGCUGGACUUGUUCUCUCUGUCUUUGUGGCUGUCGGGGAGUUCCUCUACAAGUCUAAACAAAACGCACAACUCGAAAAGACUUUGCCAGCUGGACAGCCAGCAACUCUCCUUGAUGUAUGUCUCUGAAGACAGAAGGGAUUUGGUUCAUAUGCUCAGAUGGCCACCAUGCUUUUCAUCUUGUCUCUCCUCUACAGCCCUGUCUCACACGCCCCAUUUCACCUCAUUUUUCCUCUCUUGGUUUACUAAGUGCAUGGGUUAAGUAAGGAUUGUUGACACAUUUGAAAUGAAAAACAGAAUCAAGUAGUUUGAAUAUUUGAGAAAAUAUUUAUUUUUUCACAUGAGUACUCCAAUGUGAUGUUUUUUUUUUUAAUUCACAUUCAAUUCUUACAGUGGUGUCUGCUGCUUUCAAUUUUAUCAUUUAAAUUUUUCCACAGGAAAUAUAUAAGUUGUUUAUAAUACAAAUAAAUGCAUCAUUUGCAAAAUAAUGACUCCAUCUGUGAAUUACCAAAUCACUUCUAUAACCAAAUGGUCCUUGUUGACUAGAGAAGUCUUUGGCACAGAUUUCAAGAUAGACAUCAUGGACAUUAACCUCUGCUCAGCUUAACAACUACCUUCAUUUGACCUGCAAACCAUGUAAUAACAUGAAAAACAUGACUACAUCUUCAGCUUUUCUUGUUGUAACUUGGUGAAAGCUUCCACUACGCCUGUGAGUUGUGAGUCCCACAUAGCCCCAAUUAGCCCCUCUCAGCAGGGCUCUGGCUUUAAGAGCCAUCUCCAGCACCCUCCAUCGAUCUCUUCCAGUGGUAUUGUUUGUUCACUGAAAGCCACCAUAUUGAUGUUUCAGCGUAUCCUGUUGUGAGGUGUUAUUCUGCAGGCAAGUCCUUAGGUUGACUUAAAACAAGAUAUGAGCCAUUGGCACACAGCACUGGGAAAGAAUCAGCUUUUCUAAAGCAUCUCCAGUGAAUUUCAUGAAAAAUCUAACAAAAACAUUUUGAUUACUUUUGCAGAAAGUCGGGUGUAAUGUUCCGUUACUAGUGUAUUUUAUUAAAAGUUUGGGGUUGGCUUAGACAUGAGUGCUGCACAUUGUCAUCAGUCCUGGAGGCGGGGCUUAAUUCAUUCCCACUCUGUCAAAACCCAUCUUUGUGCUGGUCUAUCUGACACAAACACACCCAUCAAUCGCAGACUAGUGAGAAAUCACUGGAAAUCAGGCCAUGCAAAUGUAGUUUUAGAGGUCAGGUAGUGGUGUGGGGUUUACUGGUGGACUUUAAUUGAGAAACCAGAGAAUAUUGGGGGAAUAAAUCAUGUUUCUACUAUAGACGUGAAAAACUACAAACGCAACUGAUGCAUUUGUUGUAAUACAUAGCUCCUUGCAAAACAGCUGACAUGCAAUCAUAGUUCUUUUUUUUCCCCAAAAUAUUUAAGGUAGUUUUAUAUUUGGAUUCAUAGUUUUUACUUUAUUUUCCAGAAUGAGGGUCAAAUAUAUCAAGAAAACUUUUUGUAAUAGGCUCCUGAGUGGCACAACAUCUUGAUCAUGGGUUUGAAUCCCGAUGCCCUCUGUGGCCCUGAGCCCAAAAGAGCAAAAUUGGCUGUGCUCUCAGGGUCAAUCACAGUGACACUAGCCAAUUAUGGGUGCCUACGAGCUCACGUAUGCGGAAUUGGGUGGAUAGCACUUUCCUCUGAGUGUGUUACACCGCCCCCUGAUGUUGCAUGAGCAGCAGUUCAAAAAGAUGCAGUGGUAGGAAACACGUGUUAGCUUUUUAGUAGCUGUUGUGUGAUAGGGGAGAGCUGCCUGGAGGGUGGGAACUGGCCAUGUCUAAAUUAGACAGAAUUAAUGUCCCUAGUAAUGGAGCUGUUACCUUUAUUUAACCUAAUGUAUGUGUCAAGCUAUUCAGGUCACACUGAUCACAUUCAGUUUCACACCGGCUGGGAUGUUGUUCCGUUUAUUGGAGUUCAAAGCUUCAUGCUAGGUGCUUUCUCACUCUAAGUGAGUAAAUAUAUCAUGGAAAUUGUCAGUACUGGACUGUCAGAUUAUCAUAAACAUGCAUUACCACUGCAUACAAUGAAAUAAAGUUUAUUAGCUCAACACAAUAAGCUUAGUGCGCACAAAGCCACUUUCAUGUGCUGGGUGUAAAAGGGACAUUUAUUACACAGAUGGUGUCUGAACAUGGGGGCGUGACAACAGGAAAAGAGGCAGCUGGAGCUGCUCUUUAGUGAACAAGGCAAUAUGGGCAUGGCAGCAGCUUUUGAAAGCAGGACAUGAUGUAAGAGAUGGAUAUUGCCUAAAAACAUGUUCCUUUUAUCAUGGAACAAGAUAAUACACACUUAAUGUAGUGAGAGUGAUAGUAAGAGUAUAAAGAAUGUAAAAAAAAAAAAAGAUAAAAUAAAAUAUCAUGUUAAACAGGAUAUUUUCUGUUAGGAAUGCUGUCUUUUUACACCAGAGCAGACUACAGAAAAUAUAAAAUGUGAUAGUAAACAACUCUUUUCAAGACAUAGGACUCAAAACAACAAUCCUGCACCUUCAUUUAUAAGUAAAAGAAAGUGUGGAUGUUAGUGAUAUCUGUAUGAAUAUGCAUCUCAUAUUUUAUCAAUUUACCAUUUUAAAUUUCUUUAGUAAGCAGUCAAUAGGAUUGGUUGAGGAUUUGAAUGAUGUAUUUGUUUCAUUCGCACCUCUGAUUACUUCACAGCUUUGCACAUCAAAUUCUUUUUUAAAAUGCUUUCAUCCCUCCAUUGAUUCUGUGCAUCUAUGCAAUACUGCCCUCUGUUAACCUUUCAUAUGCACUUAAAUAAAUGUUUUACAACAAUAAUGGCAUUUUUUCUUGUUCCUGCUUUUUAAUGCGUUUUUGCCUCCAUGCUUUUUUCUGUCAUCCUUCUUCCAUCUUCCUCCUUUUCUGCCUCCCACACUUUCCUCUGUUAAAUCUGUGCUCACUGCUCUCUGAACUGCUUAAAAGUAAACCUGUCUCCUGAGAGUCAGGAACAAGCAGCUGAGGGUGAAGAAGUGAAAACACACACACACACUCACACACUCACACAGAGUUAUAGUAAUAACAAAGUAAUAACAUUUCUGUUACAAAUCUUCCUCCAUUGUGUCCAGUCUGAUGUACUGCUUUAUAGCAGCCAUUUCGUAACAACACACAUAUCUAUUAAACUUUAAAAUUACAAUAUGCAAAGAUGCUAGUACCUGAUCUCAUUAUAAAUUUGUUUCAACAAGCGAGCAUGAUGUGAUUAGAUUUCUGUAAUUUGACAGUACUUACACAUGACUAGCAUAGAAGUUGUCCCAUAUGUUUGCCAUUGCAUUCUGGUUAUUGUCAAAUUACACUCCAAGGGGUGUAUUAUAUAAAAAUAGUGAUUUUUUUUCCCCAUAAAUAAAUGUUACAGCAGGGAACUUUACCUUAAUUUAGCAUUUUAUCUCAAAUCCUGAACUAUUUGAAAGUCACAUGUCUUACUAAGUGAUCAGUUAUGCACACAAACCUCUAGACAUAAAGUAAACCAUUGUAAAAAUGGUACAACAUAUCCGAAAAAUGUUCAUGUUAACUGAAGUUAAAUUGGUCAAAAAUGUUACACACACAUUCUUUGGUAAGCUUUCAUCAAUAUAAACUCAUGCAUGUCAUCUUCUUGGUUUCUUCAAAUCUUUAUAUUCACCAUUUCGCAAUAUAUAUGCACCAUUAUUUUGUUUAAAAAUGCUAGCAGGUUAGCUGAUGCCUUGCUACUUGUGCUAUUGUCCUAUCAUUUACAAAAUAGCUAACAGAAACUGCAACCUAAAAUAGAGGUCAAGACACCAUAGGGUGAACCUGAAUUUAGGACACUAGGUUAUUUUGGCAGAUUAUGAUGCUUCUGUGACCGUCUUGGUUUACAGAAGAAGGUUAGAGCUAGAAGGUUAGAAACUUUUAUUCUAUAAUAGCUGAAUGUGUACUGAAAUGAGAUCCUAACUAAAAUCGUCAUGGUUACUAAACAGGCAACAUGGGAUUUCACAAUUGAGAUUUUACUGUAAUAUGGCACGUUCAUUUCUUGAACGUGGCAUAUUACAGUAAGAUCAUACAGAUCAUUUCUUGUGGGUUGACACGUUUUGUAUAAAUAUUGCACAGUAAUUAUACCAACAUUACACUUAAAAAUAAGUGGAUAGUUAUGUGUAGUCAUAUAGCAUCAAAUUACAGAUUGGCUCAAAGCAGUAACACAAGAAGUACAGCUAGCUAUAUGUUAUGUACAUUUCCUGGGUGAUUGCACUGUAAAUACCCUCAACAGGUUGUAUACAACUGUACACUCCCUAUUACUAAAAAUCAUAAAGAGAAAACCAGCAAUUUAUAAAAAUGUAAUGUGCAAAUAUCUGAGAAAAAUGUCUGUAACGUCUAUAACAAUUACAUUGUAGCCCAAUGUGUAACUACACAGAUGGUAGAGCCACAAUUUAAAGUGGGAAUAAAAUGAUUUCUAAAAAACUUCCAUCAUUAUAUAACCAAGGCAUAGGUGACAUAACAGUCUUACCAUUCUUUUCCCAAAAGUACAGUCUAUCAAUCAAGAGUGAAAGUGGAGCGCAGAUGGAUAUAAUGAAUUGAAAACUGUCUAAAAAAAAUCAUCGUAUCUACAGGGUGUCCCAUAAAUCUGCAUACAUAGGGGAAAUCACUUUUUAGCAAAAUGUCUUCCAAAAUUUGUCAUACUUAGUUUAUAUUAUAUAUAUGUUUUCAGAUAGCUUUUAAGAAUGCCUUUGACAAAAGAAGUACAUAUUGAAGUCAUUCUCAUGGGAAGCUGUCUCAAGGUUGUGAUGGACUUUAACAGGAAAUAAGCACAUCACACACGACACUGUUGCCAAACUUUUUAACAAUUUCAAAAAGACUAGAAGUGUUGCGGACCAACCGAGAAGUACACGUCCACGAACAUCCACUGACGAAGGCACAACCGACAUGGUGCUGGCAUACAUAGUCCCCUGUGUAUGGAGACUUUUGAGACACUCUGUAUAUAAGAGAUCUUGAUUUUCAUUGUGCUGGACUGGUUAAAUUGUAGCACUCUCAAAGCCAGGGAAAAAUACAUAUAAAGUGGAGUGAUAAAUACUGAGCUAUCAAGCUAAUAACACUUCUAUUAAUGCACAGAUAAAAUAAAAGGGCUAUCCAAUGUGUGUCUCUCUUAUGUAAAUGUUUGAGUCUAAAUUAGCAUAAAAGUUAGUGUGAAUGUUCUGUUUAUUCAGUUAAUGAGUAUUCCAUCAACAGCGGUAGUGCAGACCAACAGAGAGAUGCUGUAGGUGGUAAGAGAGAGAGAGAGAGAGAGAGAAGAAGUGACUUGAAUUCCAAUGUACUGCAUUAUCCUCAUCUCAAUCACAAAGUGUCCCAGUUUAAAAUAUUGUAAUAAUGGGCCUCAUUUAUCAAGCUGGAUAUGAACAAAUAUGCGUAAAUUGUUAGCACUAGAGUUUACACAAGAAAUUUGGCAUUCAUGAAAACCCUGUAAAUUCAGAAAAAAAUGUUAGUAUCCUACUCAUGCUCCUGAGUGUGUGUGAAUGUACGCAUAAGAAGACUAACUAAUGUAAAUCUCGACUUGUUCAAUUUAAAAGCAUACAAUUUGCAUGGAGUACUGAUCUGUAAUAUAUGGAAUAUAUGGUCAUGUUUAGAUUUCCUAUUUUUAUAAUAUUUCUAGCAUUUAGCAGAUGUUCUUAUCCAGAGCGACUUAUAGAAGUGCUUUGGAGUCUCUAUCAAAAACACAUCCUCAUGCUAGUUCACUAAGUCAUGGACUAAAAGUACCAUCAAGAAAAUUUUGUGAAAACCAUCAUUUUAUAUUAUUGGCAUUCAUUUAAGAAUAUAAAAAAUAAAGAAAGCGAGCCAAAACCAGUCUAUAAAUUAAGACAAAUAAAGUGAAUCAUUCAAAUAUGACAAAAGAAAAGGUGCCAGAUAAAUAGAAGAUGGGCCGGUCUGUCUGCGUAUAACCAUAAGCCGAAAACAAAUGCCUCAGCUGAUGGAAGAUUUAGC